AAAAAAUUCAGACACACUUUCGGCUCCAUCUGUAAGUCUGUAUAAGCAGUUUUGAAGGAGCUGGACGGCAACCAUAUUCAACUCGAUCUGUGUAAUAUAUAUAUAUAUAUAUAUAUAUAUAUCAAUCUAUAGUAUAUGAAAACUCCUAAUCGAUCAAUCAAACGAUGGAAUCCAAGGACGAUAGGGUUGUAGAAAUUGACUGUUUGGAGAGGGGUUUGCUGUCGGAGAGUGGCCCGCGUGAAGAUUGUGAAGCAGCGGCGGAGGAGGAAGAACCGGUUCUAUACCGAGCGUCUUUUGAAGAAAUGGAAGAAAAAUUUGUCAAGUAUCGGACGGCUCAAUGGGUUCUUUACUCGUUGCCUCUGGUUUUGGCUUGGGGCAUUGGUUUGUUCAUGUUGCUCUAUUUGCCUGUUCGGAGAUAUAUAUUGAGGAAAGAGAUUCGCUCUAGAAGGCUCUAUCUCACACCAAAUGCCAUUGUUUACAAAGUUGUAAGGCCCGUCCCAUUUCCAUGUUUUGGGGUUUUGAAGAAAGAGAAGCAUGUUCUAUUGCCUUCGGUUGCAGACAUUGUGAUUGAACAAGGAUACCUGCAGUCCCUUUUUGGCGUAUAUUCAAUUAGGUUUGAGAAUGUAGGUGUGAGAAGGCCCCCAAGUGAUGAUGUUCAAAUCCAAGGCAUUGCAAACCCUGCUAGUUUCAGGAAGGCUGUUUUAACGCGUCUUUCAGAUAUGAGAAAUGAGGCCUUUUCUAGACAAGUUUCCACAGUUGAAGAUGUUUCACAUUUGAGGACACCAACUACUUGGAUGUCCCCGUCAAAAUCUUCUAAGCAUGAUUCUUUUCCUCAGUCGGGGGACCUAAUAAUAUUACAGAAACUAGAGGAGGUUGGCAGUUCAGUGAAGAGAGUACAAAGUUUAAUUGAGGAGCAAAGCCCUCAAACAUCAGAACCUUAUGUAUUAAGGAUGCAGAGCGAGGGAUAGCACAUGAUAAGCCUUCCUGCUGUAGCAAUUGAACCAAUGAAUAUUUGAACCUUCUGCUGGAGCUACUAUUUGGGGAGCAAGAAUUUUCAAACAUGCAAAUAGUGCUCCAUCCGUGUUUGAGUGAGUUUUCUUUAUUCUAAAUCCUUUGUAUUAGUGCUCAGAAUUGCUACCAGAUGUUCAUUUGUAAACCCCAUUUAUUUAGUUUGUGUUUUAUGAUUCACAAACAGAGAGAUAUAGUUUCCAUGUACCGAUCUUUCCAUGGCUGGCUGCCCUCCUUUUGUUUUUUUUUUCUUUUUCCUUUUAUUCUUUUUCCCCAGUUUUGAGAUAUCUCAAUGUUUCUUUCUUUCCUAUACCAAUUCUGUGUAAAGUAUACGUUGAAAUUGCCAAGUGACUGGUAGAAUUCUUGCCAAGCUCA